AGGGGGAGGCAGAGGCAAUCUGAUGGGAGGCGGCCCAGCGGCCCUAUCGGUCUGCCUCGGAGACGCCGAUCGGAGACCGCUCUGGAAACGACGAGGACCAUGACGAAGAGGACCAUGCUGACCCCCGAGGUCACGGCGAGCCGGCGCCGGGGGCUCCCCGCGUUGGCGGUGCUGCUGGGCCUGACCCUGACCCUGGUGGGGCCCGCCCAGCCCGGCCGGGGCUAUAGCCACGAGGACCAGGACUACUACCUGCAGGAGCUGCUCGCCAGGGAGCAGUAUGGCAAGAUGCAGGUGUCAGGGGGGGAGGAGCCCGCCGUCUCCAUGCCCGGCCCCCCGGAGACGCGGCUACGACAGACCCCGGCCGACAAGAAGAACCCCCGGGGCGGGAAGACGGACAGUAGCAGGAGCCCGGAGAAGCAGACCGCCAAGAGCAAAUCAGAGAACACAGGCGGCGGCAAGGCUGCCAAGAGCAAGAAGGGGGGGCUGAAGAGCCCCAACAGCAGCUCCGAGCGGGGGGGUACAGAGCACUCCGUCCCGGAGGAAUGCCCCCCGAUGGGAAUGGAGACGCUGAAGAUUGAUGACUUCCAGCUCCACGCUUCCACCAUUAAGCGCUACGGCCUCGGAGCGCACAGAGGUCGUCUCAACAUCCAGGCGGGCCUCUACGAGGACGACCUCUACGAUGGAGGCUGGUGUGCGGGGAGAGAAGACCCCCUGCAGUGGCUGGAGGUCGACGCACGGAGGCUGACCAAGUUCACCGGCGUCGUGUCCCAGGGCCGGAGCUCCCUCUGGUCGAGUGAUUGGGUGACCUCCUACAAGGUGAUGGUGAGCAACGACAGCCACACCUGGGUGACCCUGAGGAACGACUCUCACGACUUGAUCUUCACUGGCAACAGGGAGAAGGAGAUCCCCGUGCGGAACGUCUUCCCGACCCCGAUGGUGGGGCGCUACCUCCGGAUCAACCCCCGCUCCUGGUACGGGGGGGGCACCAUCUGCAUGAGGGCCGAGAUCCUGGGCUGUCCCAUGCCAGAUCCCAACAACUACUACCACCGACGGAAUGAGGUAACGACGACGGACAACUUGGACUUCAGACACCACAGCUACAAAGACAUGAGACAGCUUAUGAAGGUGGUGAACGACAUGUGUCCCAACAUCACACGCAUCUACAACAUCGGCAAGAGCCACAACGGGCUGAAGCUGUAUGCCAUAGAGAUCUCAGACAACCCGGGCGAGCAUGAAGUUGGUGAGCCAGAGUUCCGCUACCUCGCCGGUUCCCAUGGUAACGAGGCUCUGGGCCGGGAGCUGCUGCUGCUGCUGAUGCAGUUCAUGUGUCUGGAGUACCGCUCCGGUAACCCACGGAUACGGCACCUGGUGGACCAGACCAGGAUCCACCUGCUGCCCUCGGUCAAUCCCGACGGGUACGAGAAAGCCUUUCAAGCGGGCUCGGAGCUCUGCGGAUGGUCCCUUGGCCGCUGGAGCCAGGACGGUAUGGACAUCCACCACAACUUCCCCGACCUCAACUCCAUUCUGUGGGAGGCCGAGGUCAAGAAGUGGAUCCCCCGCAAGAUGCACAACCACCACGUGGCCAUCCCCGGGUGGUACCAGGCCAAGAACGCCACGGUUGCCGUGGAGACACGGGCGCUGGUGGCGUGGAUGGAGAAGCUGCCCUUCGUGUUGGGCGGGAACCUGCAGGGCGGCGAGCUGGUGGUGACCUUCCCGUACGACCGCACGCGCACGCAGGGCGCGGCCCGGGAGACCAGCCCCACCCCGGACGACCACGUGUUCCGCUGGCUGGCGUUCUCCUACGCCUCCACCCACCGGCUGAUGGCCGACGCCAGCAGGAGGGUCUGCCACACGGAGGACUUCGCCAAGGAGGACGGGACCAUCAACGGGGCGUCUUGGCACACCGCCGCUGGCAGUAUGAAUGACUUCAGCUACCUGCACACCAACUGCCUGGAGUUGUCCAUGUACGUGGGCUGCGACAAGUUCCCUCACGAGAGCGAGCUGCCAGAGGAGUGGGAGAACAACCGCGAGUCCCUGCUCGUCUUCAUGGAGCAGGUGCAUCGUGGGUUAAAGGGCGUGGUCAAGGACCUGCGGGGCCAAGGCAUCGCCAACGCCGUCAUCUCCGUGGAGGGCAUCGGCCAUGACAUACGCACAGCGACGGACGGCGACUACUGGCGUCUUCUGAACCCCGGCGAGUACCAGGUGACGGCCCGGGCGGACGGCUACAGCCUGACCAGGAAGAUGUGCGAGGUAGGCUACGAGAUGGGCGCCACCCGCUGCGACUUCACGCUGGGACGCACCAACCUGUCGCGCAUCAAGGAGAUCAUGGAGAAGUUCAACAAGCAGCCCAUCCGCCUGCCCGUCAGGCCGCUCCGGGCCAGGAGGGGGCGCCAGCGGCGGCUCGGGGCGUACAGGACAGAGAGAGCAGCAGGAGAAGCAAGA